AUGUCGAACCUACCUUCCCACGCCUCCCCAACCUUCACGGCGCAAGAUGCGCCCUCCCGCCCCGUGGAAGAACUUUCCAUUGGUACAGAUCAAACAACAAGUCUGCCCUCAGGUAGUAGGGUAGACGAGCUUCGUGACAAUGCUAUCGCCCAGUCCGACAGCGCAGAUAGCGAUCGGGGUGAUGUAACCCCCGCCGUGCCUGCCUCUCUUCUCUCCCCUUCCUUUACCCCUCCAGCUACCCCGGGUGGCACAUUCAAUCCAGCCAAAUUGCUUCAACAGACUCAACAGCUACCACACACGAAAGCCCCGAAACUCCUUCCUUGCCUUCCCGAAGUCGAAUGCAUCGUUCGCGCACGGAUUCCGACCACUACCGGCGCGGAGAUGUUUCUCCACCUCUAUCACAACAACCUGGACAACAAAGAACAUUUGGCAAUUGUCUUUGGAAACACCAUUCGAAGUCGGAGUCUGGACAAGGUUCGGCCAGGGGAAACGGAAAUGGAUCGUAUGAUACGUGGAGCUUAUGUGGGCAAAUUGCAUCCCGGUCGUGUGAGCAGUUGGUAUGACGAUGGGAACGCUGAAAGUGCAGCUGGUGGGCAAGGCAGCAGUGCAGCUGCCGACGGUGGACCUGUAUCAACAGAAAUCGCAGCUUCGACGGAGAGUUCGCCUAGUCAAGCGCCACUGGUGAGGAUACACUCCGAAUGCUAUACCGGAGAGACCGCCUGGUCUGCGCGCUGCGAUUGUGGUGAACAGCUGGACGAAGCAGCCAGGCUGAUGUCCUUCCCCAUGGAGACUCUGAGUGAAAUGGCUUCCCAACAGGCUGUGCCGGUGCCUUCCAAUGCCUCUGGCGGGGUGAUUGUCUACCUGCGGCAAGAGGGUCGCGGAAUAGGAUUGGGCGAGAAGCUCAAAGCCUAUAAUUUGCAGGAUCUUGGCUCCGACACUGUAGAAGCUAACCUUCUCCUGCGACACCCUGCUGAUGCGAGAAGCUACGGUCUGGCUACCGCGAUCCUGGUCGAUCUUGGGUUGGGUGUGGAUGCCAAUCCUCACGGCAUCCGACUCCUUACGAAUAAUCCGGACAAAGUUCGAGCCAUUGAGGGUGCUAAUCGGGAGGUGGCGGUUAAGGAGCGUGUGCCAAUGAUACCUUUGGCAUGGAGGUCGGGGGGAAAGCAGGGCAUCAAAAGUCUAGAAGUAGAGGGCUAUCUCAGGACCAAGGGGUGCUAA